GUGUGUCUUAUGCCAGGCUGCUCGCAGAUGCAGGGCUCGUAUUACCCUUGCCGGAUCUAUUGUAUUGCCGGGUGCUCCGGAUGACCAGCGGCUGACUGCUACUGACGGCGCAAGCCAUGGCUUUCUGGAAGAAGGCACCGUGUCUCCAGCGUUCCUCCAAGGAGAGAUUUUCUCUCUUAUUACUGGACCAAGGAGAGUAUUUCUUUGAACAACAUUUGGCAUAUCAUAUAUGUAAAGAAACUGAACUCUCAGAAAGAAACAUUUAUGGCUCCCUUAAGAUAUGUUCGAAAUCACUUAUUUUUGAACCAGAUGACAUCACAAUACCAAUAUUUAAGAUAGCCUUGCGGGACUGUGCAAAAAUAGAAGAAGUGGAAGAAGGAGAAGAUGGAUUAUUAUUUGCAAGUCAUACACAACGGAGAAUCUCUGUACUUUUCAAUCAGGUGUACCUGAUUAAAGAGCAAAACAUAGUUGCACCUUACCAGAUUCAGCGUGGUGAAAAUAACUUUACCUUUCAGUUGGAAGGUUCCAGGAAAGUUGAUGAUGUUGUGCAAACCUUGCAUCAGCUUCAAAGAGCUUCGAGACUUGACAAGCUUGGAGAUCAGACUGCCAUGAUAACAGCUAUUCUGCAGUCACGUUUGGCACGGACAUCGUUUGAUAAGAACAGUUUUCGAAACAUGUCUGAAAUAUCGAACAUGGAAUGCGAAGCAGAAAUGGUGACGCCGCUCGUCACCAAUCCAGGACACGUUUGCAUCACUGAUAAAUGCCUGUAUUUCCAGCCUUUAAAUGGUUACCCAAAGCCAGUAGUUUUCAUUAGUCUAACAGAUAUCCGACGGAUUUAUAAAAGAAGACAUAUGCUGAUGCCUAUGGGUUUGGAAGUGUUUUGCACUGAAAAUGACUUGUGCUCAGACAUUUAUCUGAAAUUUUAUAAUCCCAAAGAUCGCGAUGGACUUUACUACUACAUUGCAGCUUAUCUAGAGAAUCAUUUAGCUGAGCAAACGGCAGAAAACUACAUGCUGCAAUGGCAGAGAGGCUACAUCUCGAAUUACCAGUAUCUCCUGCACCUCAAUAACCUGGCAGAUCGAAGCUGCAAUGACCUCUCUCAGUAUCCUAUAUUUCCUUGGAUCCUAGCCGACUACACUAGCCCUGAACUGGAUUUAACUGCUGCUAAAACUUUCCGGGAUCUUAGUAAACCAGUGGGAGCAUUGAAUAAGGAAAGGCUUGAAAGGUUAAUGAUGCGUUACCAUGAAAUGCCGGAACCAAAAUUUAUUUAUGGAAGCCACUACUCCUCUCCGGGCUACGUUCUGUUCUAUUUGGUCAGAGUUGCUCCAGAAUACAUGCUCUGUAUCCAAAAUGGGAAGUUUGACUACGCAGAUAGGAUGUUCAACAGUAUUGCAGAAACCUGGAAGAACUGCCUAGAAGGGGUAACUGACUUUAAGGAGUUAAUUCCAGAGUUUUAUGGAAAUGAUUGGAGCUUCCUACUUAACAGCAUGAACCUCGAAAUGGGGAAGAGACAAGGAGGGAAAUUAGUUGAUGAUAUUGAGCUGCCUCCUUGGGCAUCCGAUCCUGAAGACUUCCUGCAGAAAAACAGAGAAGCGUUAGAAAGUCAGUACGUAUCGGACCAUCUUCAUGAAUGGAUUGACUUGAUAUUUGGCUGUAAGCAGAGGGGCUGUGAAGCAGUGGCUGCUCAUAAUGUGUUUCAUCCAGUAACUUAUGAAGGUGAAGUUGACUUAAACAGCAUUGAGGAGCCGGAUCAGAAAAUCGCUAUGUUAACUCAAAUUUUGGAAUUUGGCCAAACUCCGAAGCAACUUUUCACUAAACCUCAUCCGAAAAGAAUUUGUACAAUAACUAGGAGUGUUUCUCGUUCCUCCAGUCAAAAUAUGUCCAUGGUAGAAUCCCCAGUUUCCAUCACAGAAGAAUUAUUCGAGGAUCUGAUGGAAGAAAGUAAAUCUUUUUCUUGGAGCAACAUUACUAAAUUGAAGAAAGAAAACGGCCAUAAAAUUCACAAAGAGUCUAUUACUGGGAUUACUGUGACUUCCAAUGGAUCUUCUGUAUUCACAACAUCUCAAGACUCCACACUGAAAAUGUUCUCUACAAGUCAGAAGUCUCUUCAAAGAAGCGUUUCGUUCUCAAACAUGGCUUUGUCAUCCUGUGUCCUCCUGCCUGGAGAUACAACUGUCAUGUGCUCUUCCUGGGACAACAAUGUUUAUUUUUAUUCUGUUGCGUUUGGAAGAAGACAAGACACAUUAAUGGGACAUGAUGAUGCUGUGAGUAAGAUCCACUGGAGUAACGAUAGGCUAUGCACGGCUUCCUGGGACUCUACAGUAAAGGUGUGGAGCUGUGUCCCUGACAAUGUAUGUGGAACAAAGAGGAAUGAUUUUGAAAUGCUUGCUGAAUUAGAACAUGAUGCCGGUGUAAGCACAAUCACGGUGAGCUCUGACGGUUCCCUUCUAGUGUCUGGGACAAAGGAGGGCCAUAUGAGCAUAUGGGACAUUCCCACAGCUACUUUGCUCCAUCAGCUUCCUUGCCACAGGGGAACGAUGCAUGAUGUAGCAUUCAGUCCUGACAAUAGACACGUUCUUUCUACUGGAGAAGAUGGAUGCUUGAAAGUGGUUGAUGUUCAAACUGGAAUGUUGCUGUCCUCUCUGCCCUCAGGGGAAGAGCAAAGGUGUUUCUGUUGGAAUGGACAUACAGUUCUGUCUGGAAAUGACGCUGGUGAGAUAUUGGUUUGGGACCUACUUGGAGGGCGAAUUCUUGAAAGGAUGCCAGGACAUUCAGAUGCGGUAACGUGUAUUUGGAUGAAUAAACCAUGCAACACUAUGAUUACAGGAUCUGCAGACAGACAAAUUUUAUUCUGGAAACUACUAUAGUGAUUGCUAAUUCUUUCUCUUUCCACAUGAAUUCCUGUAUGAAACUUGAAUAUAUUUUUAACUUUUAUUUUAAUGUACGAUUCAACGUUUCCGCUGAAUGUAUGCCCUCGCGAGACUGUGCCUUGGCCAUUUUACCUUUGGUUUUUUUUGUACCGCUUUUGUGAUGUGCCUUGAUUUUUAGAAACUGAUCCUUCUAAUGCGGUUGUUUUUUAUGAAAAACUGUAAAUUAGGAGUCUGAGCUAAACCUACCUCUAAGGUGAUCCCCUUUUGAUUCUGAAAAGAAAGGCGAUUAAUAUAAAGUCUUCCACAAGUCAUGCAUAGGACUUUUUUGGUCUUAUUAGCAAGUCUAAUAUUCUGCCUCUAAUUUACCAAGCUUGUGCAUUUUCUAAGGUAGAAUUAAAUGAGGCAACAAGAUGUAGCCUAUUCAGUUCGCUUUUGUAAACAUACAGAAUAAAUCAUGGAGCAAAACCAUGGAGUUUCUAAA